CAGUACACCUAUAUAAGUGAUUUUAUCGUAAUAAAUCGCAUAAUUAAAUCAUAUGAAUAUCGAAGAAACUUGUUCAAUUUAGUAACGUCAAAAGAGAAAGUAAAUGAAUUUUACGUCUACGUCUUUACAUUAACAGAAUGCUGGUUUCAUGAAAGAACGUAGUAAAAUUAAUAUUUUGUUUAAUGAUCUAAAGCCUGUGCUAAUCGUGUUCCCUCGCCAUAUUCAUGAUUUUUGACAGUUGACAUAUGUUUCACAGUUUUGUGAGAAUUCGUAUUCUAUACAUAUAUAUUUACACCAUUUGGAAAUUUUGAAUGUUAUAUUCUUUAUUUGAAAGAAAAGUUGUCUGUAAAAAUCAAUAUGGUUGAUGAAUCUACAAGAAAAACUCUAAGUAGUAUACCCUUGCUUAAAACAAAAGCUGGACCUAGAGAUUCCAAUUUAUGGGGUCAGCGUUUGAAAGAAGAAUAUUUAUCUCUCAUCAAAUAUGUAGAAAAUAAUAAGAAUGCAGAUAAUGACUGGUUUCGAUUACAAUCUAAUGAGCAAGGUACAAAAUGGUUUGGAAAAUGUUGGUAUGUUCAUAACUUGUUGAAGUAUGAGUUUGAAAUAGAGUUUGAUAUUCCAAUAACCUAUCCUACUACUGCACCUGAAAUAGCUCUACCUGAACUAGAUGGAAAAACAGCCAAAAUGUAUAGAGGAGGAAAAAUAUGUUUGACUGAUCACUUCAAGCCUCUCUGGGCAAGAAAUGUUCCAAAAUUUGGAAUUGGACACGCCAUGGCUCUAGGACUCGGACCAUGGUUAGCAGUUGAAAUUCCAGAACUUAUAGAAAAAGGAGUUGUGAAACAUAAAAGUAAUACUUAAGUUGGAAAUUCACUGAAUAAUAUUCACGAAAUACACUUUUUGUUACACCAACUAAAUAAAUUAUAUUUACUAUAUUA